AUGCUGAGUUAUCUUCCAAUUGGUGGUGAUAUGGGAACAAAGUUUAAUCGAAAUCAAAAUCAAUCCAGCUCAAAAGUUGCAACUGUUUACAAUUACUUGAAAGUAAAACUGAUGAAUUCACUGCAUCCUUACUCGUGGUUAGGUAUUGGUUUGGUAUCUCUAGUGAUCAUGAUAUUAUCAAUUGGAGUUGAUGUACAUUUAGAUAGUGGAGGGUAUUUUUUCAGAGUGGUCAUCUUUCUUUUUUUACAUUAUUUGUUAUAUGUUUUUAUCCAAGAUACUAUAAAAGUAUACUAUAAUUAUCAAAGAAACUUAGUCAAGAUUAAAUUAGAAAGAAAUACAGAUGAAGACAAAGAAAUCCAAUUAAGAAAUCAAGUAGCUGAAGAACAAUUUCAAAUUAGUCAAGAAGAAGUAGGAGCUAAAAGUGUUUUGACUUUAUUUUCCGUUGGUGUGUUGCUUAUUUGUAUGCAAAUUAAUCUUUGGAGGUUUGACCACAAUGAUCAAUAA